UUCAUUUCACAAAUAUAAAGUAGAAACCAAAACCCUAGAAUACGAGGAGCUCAAAGAAAACAGUCGGCAAUGGAGGCAGGAGACGAAGGUAUUGAAAGAGUAGUCGACUCUAAGGACUUGCAGCAACAGAGCAAAGCCUUCGACAAGCUCACCGAUCAUGUCGAAGAUCGCCAGCUUGAUUCCACCCGCGUUCAAGAGGCUAUGGCGUCGAUUGCCGCAGCUAAGGAAGCUGAUUUGAAUGCAAUGAGAUUGAGGGAGAAGGAACUGGCUGCUGUGAAGAUCAACGCUGCUGAGAUCGACAUAAUUGCAAAUGAGCUAGAGCUGGAUAAGAAGGUGGCUGAAAGGACUUUACGUGAACACAAAGGUGACGCUGUUGCUGCCAUCAGAUACUUGCUUCGCUAGGUGACCUUAACUAGGUAUUUGAUUUCUGUAACCAAAGGGAAACAAAUGUUGUCUUUUCAUUUGCAUUUUUCAUGGAGAGGUGACUAUUGAUCAUGUCUAUGCCAAUACCCUGCUGCAGCAGCAAUACUUUUUAUCGAGUUGAAACAUUAUGUUUUUGUGAUUUGUAUCUUAGUACAUGACUCUUAGUCUCUUACUAUGGAAAUUCUCCUAUUUGUGAUACGCAAUUUAUGUUCA